AUGGUCCUUGUGAAUGCCAUCGAAAAGCUGGUUGAAGUGAAUCUCGCACAGGACCCGUCGAAUGCUUCGACCGGCACUGUGGUUGGCUUUGAGUGCCUUACGACUGUUGCCGCGGAGUCGAACUCGAAAACGGUGAAAUUAGGCUAUGAUGGAGGAGAAUUAGAUGUCUAUCACAUGGUGAUUAAUCCGACUUUGUCGGAGGAUCUUGGGUACUGCCACAAUCCUCGUGGUCCCGCCCAGAAAUUCCCUCUGCGCCCAGUCAGCCCUGAACCAGUGGACCCGUCCUCCCUCCUGUGUGUAGGACAUCGAGGUCUUGGUGCGGAGCAUGACUCGGUACCUGCAGAGGAGAGGUGGCCGGAGAACACCCUCCUUGCCUUCAAAAAGGCCGCAGAAAUCGGGAUUCCCAUGGUCGAACUGGACGUGAUUCCGAUUCGCGAUUCUACAGACCAUGUAUUGUUCCAUAAUUUCAACCUCAUCACUAAAAAGUGCGACCAAACCAGACCGUGUGGCUGUCCAAAGUACGAGGUUGAUGUUUUUCACGCAGGCAUUCUUGAAUUUUCAGCUUCGGGUGUGUGUAACAAAAACAUGCAGAAUCUGAUUCCGAGAUUUUCGCUGAGUGAAUUGAAGGAUUUGAAGUGGGGUGCACACAAGAAGACAUGCGAGAGUGCCGUUCGUGAAGACGACGUUGAGUACGCGGAGCCUGAGGGGAAGACGCUGACGCUGCAAAGGCACUCCAAGCUAGCAGAAUACGCACCGCUUUUUUCGGAGUUGCUCACCACGGUCCCCACAAAACUGGCUUUGGAUGUGGAACUGAAGUACCCCCAGGACACCCCCUACAUGGCAUUCAGACUGAUCAACGAGCACGGGGAGACGGAGAAAUCCCUUGCCGAGUUUGGCCAUCCGAGCAAAUACUUCUAUUCCAUCAACAAGUUCGCCGAUAAUGUCAUCAGAGUGAGCACUUAUUGCCGGCAUUUAUGUUGCUUAUUUUUAGAGGCAAUUCCGAAUGACUUAAAUUUAACAAGUAUUCAGCCUAUUGCCUCUUUUCCUCUGCUGGAUUGGUCGAGAACUGUCCAGACCGGGCAGAUCGAUUUUACUAAAAACGAUGAGUCACCGGAGUCACUCAAUACCUACGAUCUACUAUACUUUAUCGACCCACGUUUUGUUCAGAGCCUUCAAGAAUUGGGAGGAGGUCGUGAGGUGGUGCUGGGCUCUUUCAACACGGAGCUCUGUUUGGCCCUGCGACUCAAGCAAUCGAAGUACCCCGUUCUGUUCCUCUCCCGGUCCGGAAUGCUCACGGGCGGGUCCGAGCCUCAGCAUACCUUGGACCCUCGACACCUGAACGCCUUCGCUGUGGCGGAGUGGGCCAACCUCGUCGGCCUUGACGGCGUCGUUAUCCGCGGUGAGUCUAUCCAGGAAGGCGGCGCCGAACUCGCGAAGCUCCUCGCUGAUUACGGUCUCGCGUGUAUCGCCUACGGUGAUGUGGCGUCAACGCCCGAAUUCAGAUCAUAUGCGGCUUCACUUGGUAUUACUGGCAUCUGUAUCGAUAAUGUCAUUAAAAACGCCUGGUAG